AUGAGACAGCAGCGUUGGUUUGGGAUGAAUGCCAGGAUGGGCACCGUGUUAUCAGGGGUCUUUACCAUUGUGGCCACCGACAUGUACCUUAUCUUUGAACAGAAGUACAUAAGGAGGAAUGACUGCAUUGACAAUUACCUACAGACCCAGAGUGCAAGUGUCAUGGUAAAGCAGUUCAUCAUCUGCUGGACUUUCAGUAUUGUCUUCUUCCUGUCUUUCGUUACCAUCAUCAUCAGCUGCUUCCUCCUAUACUCAGUAUAUGCCCAAAUAUACAGGGGCUUGGUGACCUACAUCAUCUGGAUCAUUUUCUAUGAAACUGUAAACAUUGUAGUACAAAUCCUUACCAACAAUGACUCUGUCACUGAAGAGGUCAGAGCUUUGCGCUGGUUUGGCUUGCUGUCCCGUAUAUUCAUGCACUGUUUCUGGAUAUUCUAUGUCAUCUCCUAUGCCCACAUAAUCUAUAAAAGUCAAAGCCAGGGCAAUAUAAUCUCCUACAAUAGACGUAUUUCUACAGGCAAUGGAGAGUUCCUACGACUGAAAUCAAAGAUCGUCAACUUUACCCACCGCUAUAGUGAAUAA